GCUUCCUCCUCAAGCCCCUCAUCACCUUCUCAGAAAUCGAGAAGCAACUUCAGGCUUCAGAAUCAGCCAACCUUUUAUUACCUGUAAAUGAGUUGUACUCCGUGUCCCAAUCCCUCCUCUUCUCCCUUUAUUUAGCCCUCCGCAACUCUCUCCCUCUCCAACACAAUACACAUCUUUGCUUGAUUGCUUGAUUGCUUGAUUACUUCUCCAUAAUGGCAUCCCAGGACCCAUCAAACUUCCAGGAUUUCUUGCCUCUGAUGGCCCACAAGUUGGGGGGUGAGGGACUGAUGAGUGAGCUCUGCAAUGGCUUCAAUCUGCUGAUGGACAGCAGUAAGGGCGUCAUCACUUUUGAGAGUCUGAAAAGGAACUCUGCUCUUCUGGGGUUGGAGGGCUUGUCCGAUGAUGAUCUGUGGAGCAUGCUGAGGGAAGGGGAUUUUGAUGGUGAUGGGGCCCUGAAUCAGAUGGAGUUUUGUGUGCUCAUGUUCAGAUUAAGCCCUGAGUUGAUGGAGGAGUCUGAGUUUUGGCUGGAAGAAGCCCUUCAACAAGAGCUCAAGAAUCAUCAUUGAUCUUCAUUUUUUUCUUUCUUUCUUUGGUUGUUUCUUUACUGAUUUGAGACCUUUUGUUGUAAUGGAUCGUUGAUGUUGGGUUUGAAAAUUGAAAUUUACACACAGAAAUAUAUCUGUAGUAAACCAGUGGGUAUUUUGAUUUGGUUUACACUUUACCAAAAUGUAAAACGAGCCUGAAUGGAAACAUUAUUAUAUAUAGUGUUUUUCCCUGCUAUACAGGGGAAGUUUGAAACA